CCCGAAAGCUACCAAUGUUAGGCUAGCUGGUGUUAGCUACCGGGAGCGGACAUGUUGUGCCGACCCUUUCUUGAAUAAACAUUGUUGUACACCGGGAAUUGGGAGAUAAGGGGAAGGCCCGGAGCGUCUUGCAAGCAUGGAUGCCGUUAACGCCUUUAAUCAGGAGCUCUUCUCAUUGAUGGACUCCAAACCCCCAAUAUCCCGAGCAAAGAUGAUCUCCAUCACUAAAUCUGCCAUCAAAGCUAUGAAACUUUACAAACACGUGGUCCAGAUUGUGGAAAAGUUCAUCAAAAAGUGUAAGCCUGAGUAUAAGGUAGCAGGCUUGUAUGUGGUGGAUUCUAUUGUCAGGCAGUCUAGACACCAGUUUGGACCAGACAAAGAUGUAUUUGGUCCAAGGUUCACCAAAAACAUCACAGGAACCUUUGAGAACCUCUGCCUUUGCCCUAUAGAGGAUAGGAGUAAAAUUGUGCGGGUGCUGAACUUGUGGCAGAAGAAUGGUGUGUUUAAAAUUGAAGUUAUUCAGCCUCUCUUGGACAUGGCAGCUGCUUCUGGAAGUGGUGCUGCAGCCUUUGAAAGUGCUAAUGAACCAGGUUCUUCGCCACCUCCAGCCAAAGAGCCAGUUACUGUGGUAACGGCCAACUCCAGCACCACAUCUGUUCCUCCGCUGCAGAACUCCGAUGCCUUCGCUGCUGUGGCGCAGCUCUUUCAGACCUCGCAGGGUCAGCAGCUUCAACAAAUGCUUCAGAACUUCCAGCAGCAGCCUUUGAAGCCCGAGGCCAACGCGCAGCCCCUUCUCCAAAAUGUUCAAACACCAGUCCAAAGUGUUUCCGUUGGCCCGAACGCGGUUGCAUCACAGCCCUCUGUUCCCACUCCACCACCCCCCCAGCCCACACUGUCCACUCAGUCCAUCCAGCAGAAAACAGCUUUUGACAAGAAACUUCUGGAUCGCUUUGAUUAUGAUGACGAACCGGAGGCUGGAGAAGAAACCAAGAAAGAUGAAACCUCCUCGCAUGCCCCCUUUAUGCAGCAACCCUCAGCUUUCCCCCAGCAUGCAAAGCACUUUAAUGCACACAUGAUGAACAUGUCACAAGACUUCUCACAACAGGUCCAGCCCAGUGGUAUUCCAUCAGCACAAAAUUUUCAGUUCACAAUGCCCCCCAUGGGUCAUCCAGGGCAGCCUCUCCCUGGUUCCAGUGGGGCUCAAGCCAUGACAGGAGGAUACCCUCCCCAAAAUGCAGCUCAGCAUAAACAGGAUUUAUCAAUGGAAGCUGACCAUACCUCAAUGAGAGAUGGGAGACAUGGUCGAAGAUCUCGCUCAGGUUCCAGAUCCCCAAAGAGGAGAAGGUCACGCUCCAACUCCCGUUCACGCCGAUCCAGGCACCGGCGAUCCCGCUCCCGCUCCAGAGACCGCCGUCACCAUUCCCCGCGCUCUCGCUCGCAAGAGCGCCGAGAGAGGGAGAGGGAGAGGGAGCGGCGGCAGAAAGGCCUUCCUCCUCCCAAAAAUGAGGCCGUGAGCAUUUGCAGUACAACUCUGUGGGUGGGGCAGUUGGACAAGAGAACACAACAGCAAGAUGUUGCAUCCUUACUCGAAGAAUUUGGACAAAUAGAAUCUAUCAAUAUGAUCCCACCUCGUGGCUGUGCUUACAUCGUCAUGAUGCAUCGACAGGACGCCUUCAGGGCUUUACAAAAGCUCAGCAGAGGACCUUAUAAAGUUAACCAGAAAACAAUCAAAAUUGCUUGGGCUUUGAACAAGGGCAUAAAGCCUGAAUUUAAACAGUACUGGGAUGUAGAGCUGGGUGUGACCUGCAUACCUUGGUCUAAAGUCAGAGAAGACCAGUUGGAAGAGCUAAAGGAGGGUGGAAUGCUGGAUUCAGAAACUCUAUCACCAGAAUGGGUUGGCUUACGAAAGACUUUAGACCAAUCAGAAGAGCUCACUCAUAACGGUCGCUCUGAGCAACAGCAGAACGAGGAGAUGCCAGCGUUACCGGUUUCUUCUGCAGCUGCUGCUCCUCCUGUGCAGGUACCUCCCAUGCAGCAGCCAGUGGUUGGAAUGGGGUCUCUCCAGCCUCCUGUCUUUCCAGGCCCCAUAGGCAUGCCUCCACCUUCCUUCACUCCAGGCGUCCCCCCUCCUCCUUUUAUUAGACCUGGCUUCAACCCCAUGCAAAUGCCCCCAGGUUUUCCUCCUCCAGGACCGAUGUCCUUAGGUCCCCCGCAUUCUUCCAAAGGUCGAGUUGAUGAUCCUCAUCUGGACCCAGCCGGCCUGGGCAACAAGAACAAUGAUGAAGUCCUUGAGGGCUCCAAUAUGUUCAACAACAAUAUGGCUUCCAUGGGCAACCAGAUUGGUGGACCUCCCGGUGCACCUUUAUCUAACCGAGCUCCAGGCCAUCUAGUUGGACAUCCUGGAGGCCUUUCCGUCGGUCCUCCAGGUGGCCCUCCGGUUGUUGGACCUCCAGGUGGCCCACCUCUUGGCCCUCCGAUUGGACCUCCAGGUGGCCCCCCAGUUGUACCCCCAGGUGCCCUUUCAGGCGGGCAUCAGGGAAACAUCCAGUCACUCUCUGGUGGCCUUCUGGGUGCACGUCCUGGUAUAAUCCCACUGCAGCGUCCUUCUGUUCCACCGCCUCCACAAAUGCAGCGCUUCCCUCCCCCCCAUGGGCCAAGACCUCCUCACCCAAAUAUGCCUCCCAUCCCUCCACAGAUGAUAGCGAGGGGACCACACCCUCAAAUGCUUCUCCAUGAGCCCCCUAAAGGAAACUUUGGGAUUCCCGCUCCACACAAUAUGAGACCUCCUUUUCCACAUGGGCAUGGUCCUCCUCCUUCUCAAGGUCCUCCUUCUCAAGGUCCUCCUUCUCCCUUUAUCAGACCUGGGGGUCCUAGAGGCCUGGAAGAGCCAGAAGAAAUCGAGGAGAGACCAUUUAGAGGGGACAGGCCUGGAUUAAGAGAUCGUGAGCAAGAAAGAGACUGGGAUCGAAACCGAGAUCGAGAGAGGGACAGGAGUUUUGGUGGUGGCCGGCGCCCGUUUGCCGACGGAGGCAGAGGAAGCGCUAAUGAUAAAAUGGAUGGGAGGGAAAGGCUUGGGGGCUGGCAGGAAGAUGGAAGCAACCGUGGAGGAGGAUGGGACAGAGACAGGGAUCGUGACAGAGACCGAGAUCGACGGGACUGGAGGGAGAAGAGAGGCAGCCUCGACAGAGAACGAGGGAGGGGUGAAGAUGGGGAAAGGGAUCGAGGGAGGGAGGAGGGCAGCGAAAGAGUCAGAGGAGAAGCGGCGAGUCGGGAAAGAAGCAGAGGAGAUGAUGGGAAAGGCGACAAGCCAAGGCGGCCAGAGCGGCGAGAAAGGACCACGCGGUGGGAUAAGGACGAUCGAUUGGCUGAAAUAGUAAAUAUGGACAGAUUUCGGACACCUAACAGCAAAGACCAAACUAGUGUAAAUCUUGUGGAGACCACUAAAGUACCAGAGGUAGUACCCUUUCAAAAGAAGGAAGAACCUGAACAUUUAGCUCCGCGCAUGGAGUUGACCACUGCAGCAGAAAAUCCCGAGCAAACGGAGACCUCCCCUUCAGCUCAAACCGAGUCUACACAAGCAGACAAGGAAGCCGGCUCUUAGGCCUUCAGACAUAAACGAAAGGCUAUAACGUUCAGGAUCAACCGUGUCAUAAAUUAUUUUAAAGCAAAACCUGUUUUUCAGGUCGGAAUAAACCAUUUCUGGGUUAAAAGGACAUUUUCUGUAAACAGAUCACUCCCACACACUUUGUUAGACAGGUAGGUUUUUUUUUCCAGCAUCAGGUGAUGUGAAAGAAUUGGACUGCAUCUCAAAACAAACAAGGCGUAGUGAAUUAUUGGCUACUAACUCUAGUUUUUCCUUUCAUUUUAAUGUAGCAUUUGCAUUAAAAAACAACUUUUCUUUUUGAAAUUCUUUUAUUUUUUCUAUCUUUAUUUUUUGUGGAAGAAAAGUGGCUAAAAUGAUGUGAGUCACUUUAUUAAUGGGAAAAAAACAUUUUUAACCAAGUUCAUUUUUUUUCCUUUUAGAAAAAUGUCUUUCGUUUGCUAAAAUGUCAAACACUGAAUAUCAUCUCAGAUUUUUUAUAAAUAGAGGCUCCGUUGUUUUUUUUCUAGGUUGUGUGUUUAGUACGAAGUUGUCAAUGCAGUGCCAUCAUAAGGAGUAAACGAAAUACAUUUGGGUAUUGAAUAUUAGAAAGGGGUGGUACCAACAGGGAAAUGCAUACUUUUUGUUUAAAAACUUCACAUUCAGCUUUAUGAUGAAGUGGUUUCCCUUUUUUUGGUACACAUUUGAGUCAACUAUGAUCAGGAAAAAAACAAACUGCUCUAAAUGUGCUAUUUUUCUGGUUGCUGAAAAAUCUGUCGUGGUCAACUGUGGUCCAAACGUUUAUGUUCAUAAUCCACAGAUUUAUGCUGAGUGUUUAAAAUGCAUUCCCACUACUAUAAAAAGAAAUUCAGAACAAAAAACAGAGUGCAGACUUAUCCGGUAGGAUCCUUUAUGUCAGACGGUUGUAAACAUUUCUUUUGCCAUUUUAAUACAUUUCCAAAUUAAUAAAAAACUAUUCAAUUUUUCUAUUAGACACCAUUGAUGUAGCAUCUUCUUUUAAUUUCUGUUUCUUAAUGACAUUUUCCCUGUGCAAAAAUGUUUGACUACACACCAAUUUGUAUGGUUUUAGGUCAAACUAGCCUUGAGCAAAAGCUUCAUUUAUAUAUUGUGCUUAUACAGUCAAGUGGCAUUUUACUUGCAUGAAAAUUGGAACAGACAAAAUGUUAAAAAAAACCUCAAUGUUCUAGAAGUGAUAAAACUUUUCGUUAUACAGGUUGUUUUGGCAAUUGAACUGUGCUUAGGUUUUAUGAAAAAUCUAUUCUAAAGUGAAGUGCAGUCAAAAUCGCAUUGGGAAUGAGUUUUGUCUCAUCACAUUCUGCCUUGUGGGUUUUCCAUUCUUCUGUUUAGGAACAGUGAAGGUGAAGUUAUAAUCUAGAUGUGCAAAAAUACACGUGUCGCUUAGGAUUUAUGAGUAUUGUCUGCAUACUUUUACAAGUUUACCUUUUGAGUUUAUCUUUUGGUCUUGAAGAAACUUUUUCCCCAAAGCCAAAAAAUCCCCAAUUUAUUAUUAUUAUAAUUUUUUUCUACCAAAUCUUCCCCCGGGUUCAUAGAGUUGGAUUGAAGGACUUGGUUUACAGCUGUCACUUUUCAUAUUUUUGAAUCAUUUUAAUACGUUUCAUUUUGAUCACCAGAUUUAAAAACAAACAAACGAACCUCCCCACUCCUCCUUAGGUUAAUGCAAAGGCAGCAAGUGUGGAACUACAGUACUAAUUUGAUGAAUGGAAGGGUAUUGUUGCCUUGGACACUGCUGUAAAUAUGCUUCUUUCACUGAUGACUUUAAAGGUGUUAUGGUAAUUGUUGUUAAUAAUGUUACAUGUUCAAUCCAAGAUGAAAUGCAGAAGGAACAACACGCAUUUGUUUGCUUUAACAUUUUUAAAUCCUAGUGGUUUGAGAAUUGACUGAUGUUUUUAUGGCUUGUUUAAAGUACAGAAGACAUGGACAUAAAUAUGUCAAUGUUUCAGCCACAGGAAACUUUUUAAUAAACUAUUUUUGUACCAAAA